AUGCCGACAUCAAAAUGGUUCAUCUUGAUCCAAAGCUGUUUCCCGGUAUACAAUUCCAUCCAGGUCCACGAUGGGUUUGCAGACUCUCAUGCCCGAGUGGCGCCGGAUAUACUGUCUGCUGUGCAGACCACCCUUUCUGCUCACCCUGAUGCGAGUGUGACGAUGAUUGGACAUUCUCUUGGUGCCGCGCAAGCGCUGCUUGAUUCAAUUUUCUUACCACUGCACUUGCAUUCUGGUACGAAGUACAAGUUCGUCGGUUACGGUUUGCCACGCGUUGGGAACCAAGCCUUUGCAGACUAUGUCGAUUCUCAUGUCACCGACCUCACGCAUGUGACAAAUAGGAAGGACCCUAUUCCAAUUAUUCCUGGUAGGUUCUUGGGAUUUCAACACCCGCAGGGUGAGAUUCAUAUCCAGGAGUCAGGAGAGUGGAAAGCAUGUCCAGAUGGGCACUACCCGUUUCUUGCUGCAUGCGUACUUUAG